AUGUACCUUCUGACCAUUUUUGGGAACCUAAUCAUUAUUACACUUAUCUCUCUGAUGUCUAUGCUUCACACCCCAAUGUAUUUCUUCCUUUGUAAUCUUUCAGUUGUAGAUCUUACAUAUGUCUCAACCACUCUCCCCAAACUUUUGUCCAUUACAAUAACCCAGGACAACCGAAUCUUUUUUCAAGAUUGUAUCACUCAGUUGUAUUUCUUUACAUUCUGUGCCAUCUGUGAUAUUUUUGUGCUAACUUCUAUGGCUUAUGAUCGCUAUGUAGCGGUUUGUAAGCCUUUGCAAUACACUGCCAUCUGUAAGCCUUUACAGUAUUAUCUGAUAAUGAAUAGAAGAGUUUGCGCUACAUUGACCAUUUCCAUCUGGUUUAUAGCCAUUAUUAAUUCAGUAAAAUAUGGCAUUAUUACUUCUGUAUUAACCUUCUGUAGCUCGCAGAACCUUGAUCAUUUUUAUUGUGACAUAAAAACACUGUACACAGUCACCAUUAGUGAUACUUCCAGCAGGGAAAUACUUAUAAUUGUGGAUGAUAUUUUUCUUGCAUUUAUACCCUUUUCUUUGGUUCUGAUUUCCUAUAUGUACAUUAUCUCUUCCAUCAUGAAGAUCAGUUCAUCAGCUGGUCGUGUCAAAGCGUUCUCGAGCUGUACCUCUCACAUCACCACUGUUAUUUUGUUCUAUGGCCCAGCUAUCGUACACUAUGCUAAUUCAGAAGCCGGACUCUCUAAAGAGGGUGAUAAGUGGAUGUCCCUGAUCUAUAUGGCUUUAGUCCCAAUGUUGAAUCCUUUAGUCUAUACUUUAAGAAAUAAAGAGGUUUUAGGAGCAAUUAAAAAACUGCGAACAGUCGCAAGGAAGCUUAUUUAUAAUAUUUUUAUAUAA